AUUUUGUUAUAAUUUCAGAUGUUUAAUCGUUUAAGAUGUGGGAGUGGAUUGAUACAAGAGACUGUUCCCAGGUUUGGGUUUGGACCCGGCCAAGAAAAUCUAUUUGUACACAAAUUCACGUUUUCAACGUCCAAGCGAUUAGAUCGGGAUAAAAGUUUAAUCUACAAUAGUCAGAACAAACCUCUUCCAAGGUUGGAUCCCUCAGUUGUAGGAACCGGAAACAGGAAACGAGCCCAGCCAGUUAUUCAACCUUCUGAGAAAUUUAAUUACUCCGUAAGGAAAGCUUUGGAACUUAUUUAUUAUGAAGAAGAAUCACGGAUCCCAACUCUGUUCCCGGCUGGGCUCAAACUAUCCAGAUAUUUAAAAUCUAGAACUCUCCCUUUAGAAAUUGAUCUUGUUUCCAGAGCUGUUUUGUAUAAUACUCGUCAGUCGAAACUUGAAAAGAUUCACCUACAGCGCUGGGCUCCAGUAGAUUUUGAUAAAAAUUGUGCAUUUUCCUAUCUUGUAGCAAGAACCCCUGCCGAGUACGCUGUCCUGGUAACUAUAUUCCGUGAGAUCUCUCGACUUGAACCAAACUUCAAACCCCGGACAUUGUUCGACCAUGGGUCCGGACUAUGUACGGGAUACUGGGCAGCCAACACUGUAUUCGGAAAACUAACUGAGAUGUUUUGUGUUGAUCCCUCUACAGAUAUGAAUGAUCUCGCCACCAAUAUUAUUCAACAAGGAGUACAGAAUGUUCCUUUACCGAAGGGGAUCAACUUUAGAUUGAAAGCUCCCAAAACAAUCAGCUUGAAAUACGACCUCUGCCUGUCCGCCUACACCCUCAUGGAGGUCAAGGGGUCCCUCGAGAGACUGGAUAUUGUUCAUUCACUCUGGGAAAGGUUGGAAGAGGGUGGCUGUAUGGUUCUAGUCGAACAGGGAACAAAUGCAGGAUUUCAAAUCAUAUCUGAAGCUAGAGAUUUUCUUCUCAGGCUUUGUGAGGCUGAUGAAAGGGAUGGUAUUGUGGAUAACGAGAAGAAAGGAGAAGUUUUGGCUCCUUGUCCACAUAAUCAUCCUUGUCCUAGAUACCAUCAUGAUACUGUACCUUGUAAUUUCUCUGUUAAAUACAGUUUGUUUGAUAUCCCCUACUUUUCAACAGAGGAUGUUCACAAUGAUCUCUUCAGCUAUAUUGUUAUUAAAAAGGGUAGAAGAGAGGGGUUCAGGUUCCCUAGAUUAGUAGAAGAACCGUUAAAAACUAAGAAUAAUUUCUACUGUAGGCUUUGUACUGGCUCUGGGAUGUUACAGGAAGUGAUGUGUAAUAAGAAACACAAAGAUCUGUUUCAUUUAUCUAAGUUCCUCCACUGGGGAGAUGAAAUGCCCGUACAUUUAGAGUAUACAGAUGGAAAAGAAAAGCCAAGACCUGUUAUCGAUCGGUCGGAGCGAAGUAUGAGCUCCGGCGAACAUUUUAGAGACUCCAAAAAAGAAAAGGACUUCAAAGAAGAAAAGGACUCCAAAGAAGAAAAGGACUCCAAAGAAGAAAAGGACUCCAAAGAAGAAAAGGACUCUAUUGUAAAAAAUGGAAUUUAACCUUUACAUUGUUAUUAUUUACACUUAUUGAUCCUGUAAUAUAAUUGCGAUGUGGAAACCAUA